GAAUUCUACAACCGCACUGCCGCUGUGGAGCGACACAAACAAACACGAUAGCCAGCAGCACACCCACACAUACACCAGCCACCAACCAACCAACCGCCAUGUCCAUGUCCAUAUCGUUCUCGCGGAGCUCCAAGAAGUACCGCGAAGGCGAGCUGUUGCGAGGUACAUUGAACAUUGACAGCAAAGGGCUCAGUUACAAUGGCAUCAGCUUGUACUUGGAGGGAUCAGUGAGUUUGCAACUGAGUGCGAAGAACGUUGGGUUGUUUGAAGCUUUUUACAACUCGAUCAAACCGGUUCAGCUCAUCAGCGCGUCGCUGGAUCUGCGCAAAGCUGGCAAACUGAAUGCAGGCGUAACGUCGAUACCGUUUGAGAUUCCGCUCAAGGCAAAGCCGGGGCAGAAGCUGUAUGAAACAUACCACGGCGUCUUCAUCAGCAUCCAGUAUGUUCUGCGGGCGGAGCUGAAGCGGUCUGCGUUCUCAAAGGACCUGCAGACAAAGGCGGAAUUCUUUGUGGAGGCGUUGGCACCACGCACAGACUCAGACCCCGUGAAGUUCAGCAUUACACCAGAGUCGCUGGACAAUGCAAAGACGCGGGCCGAUAUUCCGAAGUUCCUCAUUGACGGACACAUCGACCACCCAACCUGCGACAUUGCGCAGCCGUUCACGGGCGAGAUUGUCGUGCGGCGGUCGGAGCUGCCCAUCAAAUCCAUCGAACUGCAACUCGUGCGCGUGGAGACGUGCGGAUGUGCAGAGGGAUACGCCAGCGACCCGACGGAGAUCCAGAACAUCCAAGUUGCGGAGGGCGACGUUGCCCGCGAUUUCGCCGUUCCGCUCUACAUGACAUUCCCGCGCCUCUUCACCUGCCCAUCCCUCCUCACCCCAAACUUCAAGAUUGAGUUUGAGGUGAAUCUGGUCGUUGUGUUUGUGAGCGGAGACGUCAUUUCAGAAAACUUUCCCGUCAAACUCCUGCGACACACGCCCACAAAGUAG